UACAAAUAUCGCUCUGCGACAGACUACGAUCACAUAAUUACGGUACUGGCUGCACACUAUUAACGAAAAUUCAAGAGGCCAAUAACGGCAGAGACAAGUGGCAUCGGUGACCGUGUAGUCAAGGGCGAGGCUUUGUUCUUGAAUUAUUCGCUAGCCUUAGCUACACCUGGCUGGGCGGGUCCUCCAACCGGGGCCCAUCAACUAACAGCCAGUAGCUGCAAUUCACAUCAGCACUAGUCUAUAUAUCUGUUUGCAUUAGAGAUGGCUACCCUUCUUUCACCAGCCUUGUCCAUGUCCACCUCCGACUCUACCCCGUUCUCUCAGUACCAUUCUCUUCGCCCGUCUCCAACACCAUCAUCAAGUUCUUCUUCAUCCAGUGGCUCUCUGAAUCAUGCAGAUGAAGAAAAUCUCACCAUCACCGCGUCGCGUUCGUUGCUCGCGAGAAGCAAGGGGAAGGGAAAGAGCCACGAAGACAUCCGCCUCCUCGCCAUUUCUACACACAUCACCGAAGUCUCGUAUAGUAUAUCGGACAUUCAGACGCGUAUAUUUGAAAUACAGGAACUACGACAUAAGUCUCAAUCUUCAAGUGAUGCAGCUGCCACUACUGUCGUCAUCGACAAGGCUCUUAUGACUCUCGACGAACGCCUUGAGGCCGUCGCCCAUGGUAUGAAAUCCGUGUCUGAAUCUGUUGCGCCCUUUCAGAACCAGCCCGAUGGUACCCCCGACUCCGAACAAGCUGUACUGGUCCGCAAGCAUGCAGUACUCGUCAUCGAGUGGGAAGCCGUGCAGAAUGACACAGAUGUUCUCAGGGAGGAGCUGAAAGAGGAUAAAUGGCUCACUGUAUUCAGAACCGUCACAGAACAGGCAGACGGAAUGAUGGGAAGCCUGGAGAAGGCAGUCAAUCGUUGUCAGGAUUUUAUUUGGCAGGUACAUCGGGGAGGUGCAGAAGAUUCACUCUCGCAGUCCUCAUACAGGGGCUCAGUUAGUUCAGACAAGAAUCCCAUGAGCAUCGAGGUAUUCAACGAGUUGCUCAGCUCGUUCGAAGCAAAGAAAAAGCAUUAUGUCCCAGCCACGUCCAAGGUACUUGCAAUCAUCGACAAUGGCGUGCAGAAUCGUGUCACAAAGAACGGGGAGACACUCCGACGACACGGAGAAUCUGCUAAGAGGUGGCGGAUCCUCAAGGAGCGAAUGGCCAAGACGGAGAAAGAGAUGGAAGUCGUCCGAAAGAUCCUCACGGGUGGUGAUGUAACUCGAAGCGAAACAAGUUCCACAGCAAAUGGGUAUCUUGCAACGCCCGCGAAUUGCUCUUCGAAAGGUCGUGCACCGAGCCGAGCAACAAGUUCUACGAGCACUCUUUCGCGGAGCAUAUCACCACUGAGGAAAUUUGCAAGGAAGAUCGCCGGUCAUGUACGGUCGCCUCCGGUCCCCGUCACUCCCUUGCCUGUAUCACGAGAAUUGUCUUCGGUGUCAAGAGACUCUUCACAAUCACAGGGUCCGUCAUCGGAGCCAGUUAAGGCGCUACGACGACAACGCACCUCUAUAUUCGCAUUCAAUCGGUCUACUAGUGGUGCCCCACUUACACCAGAGAAGGGACACAAAUAUAGCCACAGCCUCACCCCCGAAUCCUCCCCCGCCUCCAAACGCAUUGACCGUAUCGACGACCCAAAUUCAACCUUGAAACUGAAAAUAGGGACCGGAUCUUGCGGCGACCAUCAAGCCCACUCCUCCAAGCGGCCAAACGCAAAGUCUGUCCUCACCCCAGAAUAUGCCCCUCUCGUGCCGAGCACGCCUUCACGAAGGAGCCUCAGCCGCAGUUCAAAUGCGUCUUCACGGCCUUGGUCUCCUGUAACUUCAUCUGCAUCCACAAACCCUUCUAUACCUCCUCUUCCACCUCUACGUCCACCAUCACGAGCUCAAACGCCCAGCCUUGGGACGACACCACGCCCACGGCCCAAGACCCCGAGUCAAAUUCCAGCCCCUGCGUUACACUGGCGCCCCGUAUCUAUGCGGCAGCCUGAUACUGACGACGAAGAAGAGCUCACAACUCUUAUGCAGCGUGCAUUUUCCCCUCCGCAUACCAAUACAUCUUCCAGCACUUUCCGUUCACAUACCCAGAGCGGCGUACGCAUACCCCCACCACGCCCUCCAAGCCGGUCACAGAUACCCCUUCCCAGCGUGCACGUCUCCUCCGAGUCGCGUCCCUCAUCAACGAUGUCCUUCUACCGCCCCCAAAGCCCGCUCACCCCAGGAUCUCUCCUCAGGGCACAGACGCCCGAUUCGCAAUUGAAAGCAAAAGCUCAACAGGUCCCGUUUUACGGGGGCGCAGGAAACAGCGGGAUACGUGCAUCUGCACGGCAGACUGUCGCGGGGAAGCUCCCUCCUUCGUCGUUCCGCGAUUCGUCGACGACUCGGACGCCCAACUCGCGUCCGGGGUCGCGGUCAGGGUCGUACACACCCAUGGAGCGCGACCCGUUGCACUCGUAUGUCCCCGCAAGUGACAAGGACCCACUUGACAUGGAGGUGGCGGCGAUCGUGAAUGCGAUUCCGCACGGGCUGCUGGUUGAGCGUGUAGAUCCCCCGCUCAAGGUGCCGCCGGAGGAGGGAGAGGAGAUCAGGGCGUCGUAUGCGUUUUCGAAUAGUUUGAGCCGGAAAGUGGUAACUUGCAAGCUGACGACGCUGACGCGCUCUGGGGCAAGGGGGGGCGGGAUGUCGAAGAAGGUUGUGUGUCGGGUUGGAGGAGGCUGGCAAGAUUUGCAGCUCUACAUGCUCAACCGUCAGGCAGGCAUGUAGACUGGAACAAAGAACGGAUACCCAUGCAUCAGACCUGAAUUAUUUUUGCACUUUGCACUUUACACUUUUUCAUAUUUCAUCAAUCACGAUUCAGAACGGUCGCACGUAAAUCACUAGUCGCGGAACAAGUUUACUGUAUUGCAUCAUGAUUAUAUCCUCAUGUUCAUUAUGUCCGCAAACGUUUUGUGCAGUUUUCUAUUUCUUGUUAUCUUGACCAGGGUUUAGUUACAGCUUGCUAUUGAAUUGCUAUGAUGUUUAGCUUGCGAGUGGUGAUUUGACGCGUACA